AUGGAUAAUGCAACAUUUUUACAGACAUUCUGGAUUUUAUGCGUGCUCAUUGUAGCAGUCAGUUGUCAGUAUCCACAACGGCCUGAUCCAAAAUACGGUAAAUUUCCAAACUACAGGGAAUCAAAAAUCGUAAAACAUGAGAGCAAUAUAGGAUUACCCAACUACAAUUUUUCGUACGAAACCAGUGAUGGAUCACAAAGACAGGAAGAAGCAGAGAUAAAAAACGCUGGUAAUGAAAAAGAGUCUUUAGUGGUGCAUGGUUCUUAUACCUAUGUAGGAACCGAUGGAGUUACUUACAAAGUUACUUAUGUAGCCGAUGAGAAUGGAUACCGCGCUUCUGGAGAGCAUCUUCCUAAAUCCAACUAA